UAGAUCUUGACUCAAAGGUCGCAAAGUGUAAAUGCGGUCUGGUUUUGGAGUUGUGCUUACCUGGGUAAGAAGUACGGUCAUGCCUAUCGGGGUUUUAGUUCCGAUGACUUGGACUUCGUGCGGGUCGAGGGGUAAGUCCGUUGACUUUGAAAUGGGAGAGAGGAACAAUUUCGAAGGUGGCCUGCAACGAUCUGCAUUCUAGAAAGAGUCAAAAUUACCUUGUAUGAGCGAUCGCAGACCAAGCGCAAUUUACCAAUUGCUAUCUCUCGGUUUGGCUUGCCUUUGUGCGGAUACGGCGUGUAUAAUCACGAUUGCUCAUGGUGAGUUGCAGCUGUACAAACAUCACCUUUCGAGUCACUCGGUGAUUACUUCGUUUGCUCUCGUAUACCGUAUUCGAGAUAUCAGCCAACAAUGCAGGUCUUCCACAGCGGCAGCAGGCGGCCGAGGAUGGCUAACCAUCGGAUCCGAUGAAGAUAGAAGUUCCCGAUGCCAUGCUGACACCUUCGUCAACUCAUCAGUUCAUCAAUUAUAUGUGUGCUUCUCGUUCCGCAUGCUAUGUAAAGAUAGGCAAAUGAUCAGAUUUAAGAAUCAUUCGGUGAAGACAUGUAAGAUGCGCAAAUAUCAUCAAGGGCGUGUGGAGAGACAUUCGCAUCCCAUCUGCAUCACUGCAACCGAGAAGCGAGGUUUGGUGACCUGCAUCGAAUCAGACCCUGGCGCGGGGCAAAACAUGUAAGCCACAUGAAAGUGGGGAGAAACAUUCUUCGACCCAAACCAAAAAGUCCCGCUCCGGUCAAUAAUCAUGUCCCAUACAUGGAUGGUGGAGGAUGGAUUACGAAUUGUGAGUGAAGUCUCUUAGCCCCAGUCGGCUUCUUAUUUUCCCGAUGCUUGGAUAACUUUUGGACUUGCCUCGCAACGUCAGCUACCUUAGGUCCAGUAGGCACAUAAACAUAACCAUGGAAGGCUGCACCGUCUUCU